AGAGUGUUUAAAAGAGAAGAAAAAUUCUCUGACAGAUUUAUGUCAUGUGAAGAUAUUUAACAGACAGAAAAUGGAAUCUAAGGAUCCAGAAAUGGAUUACACUUUUAUGAGAGUGUGCAAGAGAAUGAUAAAGCAAUUCUGUCCUGAUUCUAAUCCUAAAGAUGUUUUCCGCUGUCUCAAAAACCACAAGAAUGAACCAGCUAUGGAGCAAAAAUGUAAGAUGGUGAUUACAAGGCGACAAAUAACAAAAAAUACUGACUACAGACUGAAACCUGAGCUGCAAAAAGCUUGCUCUAAAGAUGUGCCAAAAUUCUGUGCCGAAGAACUAAAAAGUAAAAGUAAAAGUGAAGAUGAAUUCCAAGGAAUUAUCAUUGAAUGCUUGAAAAUAAAAUAUCGUGAACAUCGUUUGUCUCAAGACUGUGAGGGCCAGAUUCGAAUUACUAUGCAAGAUGCUGCAAUGGACUAUCGUUUAGAUGCGCAGUUAAAACAAGCUUGUGGUAAAACGAUAAUACGUCUUUGUCCUGACGAAUUGGAUCAGCCUGGUGGUGGUAGAGUGGAGGAGUGUCUUAAGGCAAAAUUGAACAGUGACGGAAUUACAGACGAGGUUUGUCGAAAGCAUGUGAUUCGACUUUUACAAGAAGGUAAAGCUGAUAUACAUGUUGAUCCUGUCUUGUAUAAGUCGUGUGCAUUGGACAUCAAACAUUUCUGUGCUGGAAUACCACCUGGUGAAGGAAGGCAAAUGUCUUGCUUGCUAGAAGCCCUUGAAGAUAAAUCUGUGCGCUUAAAUGAAGAAUGUCGCCAUAUGUUGACACAGAGAGUUGAAAUGUGGGAGUACGCUGCUAAGGUGGCACCUCCUGAAACUGUAGCAGAUCUUAUGCAACAGAUACAAAUGUCUCCGUCUCGUAACUAUUACAUCAUUAUACUUCUAUGUGUGGUCGGCUCUCUGUUUAUUGGUGGACUAUUCUGUGGACGUGCAACAAAAAGAAUUAAAGCAGAAUUGAAAAAUAAAUGAACUCUUUGCUACUAGCAACAUUGGGUUGGGGUCUACACUACCCUUACACAUUGUUUUUGUAAAAGUACAAAUUCUUCUUUCUUUAUUGUAAGCAGGUUUAUAUUUAUUUUUAUUCCGGGUCAAGUCUAUGCUGAUCACAUACUGGGAUCUUUUGACAUGUGGUUUUCCAAUAUGAGAUUUUUUUAAGGUUUACAGUGUCCAGAAUGGCAGCUAUAAAAUAAUCUCUUGUACUUGAGGGAAACUAAGGAAGAUGUGUUGGGUCUCUAGUAUAUCUAUGAUGUUAGUAG